AUGUCUACUGAAGAAAAGAUUGAAGAAACACAGCAACAACAGGACCCAGUUCCAGCUAAGGAACUCUUGUUGAAAGUCCAAUUGCCCGCUUUUUUCAAUGUUGGUGAUGAUUUAACUAUUCCAUCAAGUUACGAAGAAAAUAUUACUGAUUUAAAACAAGCUUUAAAUAUAAUUGUUGUAUGUAGAAACUUGACUAACUAUUCAAUAUUGAUUAAAGGAAUUGAUAUCGUUGAAAAUUUUGGUGAAAUGAUUACUUUUGAACAAAUUAUUUCUCAUUUUGAAUUAGGUGAGGAAGUAUCGGAAUUGAAGAUUGUCAUCAAAGAAAAAUCAUACAAUUUGGCAAAUAUUUAUGAACAAAUUAGUAGAUUUAGAGAAGUCAUUGGGUUGCAUUACAUUGAUAAGAUUUCAAAUGACAUUGGCUCUUCCGGUGGUGUUUCUAAAUUUAAUGGUAUACAAUUAGAUGAUAUUAAACCUAAAGAACCAAAGGAAAAGUCAACUAAAGAAAACAAAGAAGAAGAAGGGGAAGAGAAACUGAAACAACAAGAAGAAAUAUCUAUUCUGCAAGAAGAAGUUUCCACCAUUUCUGAUUUUGCUAAACAAUUCACUUCCGAAUCAUUUGAUGGUGAUUUCACUAAACUUACUAAUUUUGAUGAAGUCAAUGGUAAAAUUAAAAUUCCAAUCAAAUCUUUAACUAUUUCUCAAUGGUCUCCAGUUCCACCUUUCCAACAAGCAAAAGGUGAUUUAUUAUAUUUGUCUUUACAAACUUUAGAACAUGAAACAUUUAAUGUUACUUGUCAUUUUUCAGGAUUUUUCGUCAACAAGUCAUCAACUGUUAAUUUCAACCCAGCUAUCAAAGUCAAUGAAAAGGGUAAAUUCAAUAAAUCAUAUUUGUUAUAUGAUUUAAUUUCUCAAUUGUCCCCACUUUUCAGUAAAACAAUUGCUGAAAAUGAAGUCAAUUUAUCUGAUUCGACAAAAUAUCCAGAAACAUAUUUAUUACCAGGAAACUCAUUCCCAGCAUAUCCAUGGUUAGUCAAUGAAAAAGACCUUAAAAACGUUCCUGAUUUGUCUAGAUCUCAAUUAUCAUCUCUUAUUAAUGGUGUUGAUGGGGCUGAUUAUAUCAAGGAUUGGAAUAAUGAUAUUCAAUCAAUUAAAGAAUUACCAGCAACUACAGUUCAAGAACGUAUUAUUCGAGAAAAAUUGGUUCAGAAAUCCUUAUUUGAAUUCAACAAAACUGCUACCGAAACCGCAAUAAAUAUCAUUAAGGGAAAUAUUACCCCUUUAAAUCCUGAUGAAAGCUCGGAUAGAUUUAUUUAUUUAAGAAAUGGGAUUUUUUAUUCUAGUGGUACUUCCACAGUUGAUGGAUUUGAAACUACUGGAGGUGAAGAAGCUUCUAGAUAUGUUGCAUCUAAAGAUUUAACUGGUAUCAAAUUGAUCAAUCGUCAUGAUAUUAGAGGUAUUUCUAGUUUGGUCACUUGUAUUGUUGAUUAUAUGGGUAAAAGAGUUGUUUGCCAAGCUCCUGUUCCAGGUAUUUUAGAUACCCCUGUAGUAACAUCAACUGAUGGUGAAACUGAAGAACCAGUGGAAAAAGUUGUUUAUGGUUUAUCAAGUGAUGGCACUAAAAUCCUUGAAGACAAAACAUUUGAAGAAUCAUUGAAACUAAUUGGGGAAUUUUUCCAUUUGAAACCUCAUCAAGUUCAAUUAUCUGAUGAUGUGAAAACUGAAUCUAAAUUAGUUGUUUCAAAAGAUACUAAAGGAUUAAAGGGAACUGAUGGAAGAAAAUAUGUCAUUGAUUUAUACCGUACUACUCCUCGUGAUAUUGAAUUUAUUGAACAACAUUUCAAAUUAGAUGAUGAAACUUCCUAUCCUCAUGGUGAAGCAUUAAUUAGACAUGAAGCAGUUAAUGAAUGGUGGAGACGUAAAGUUGCUGUAUUAUUCAAAAAGGAAACAGAAAAUUUGGAAAAAGAAGGUAAAUUGGAUAAUAAAGAUCAAGAAAAUAAACCACAAAUUGCCAUUCCUACAGAUAAAGUUGUUUUCAACCCUGAUUCAUUCUCCACUGAGAAUGAAGAUGAACAAGAUCGUGAAGAAGUUAGAGAAAUUUCCAAAUUUAUUAAAGAAAAAUUGGUCGAAGAAUUCUUGGAUGAAAUUAAAGAUCAAGUUAUUCCAUUUGAUGGUAAACAAUUGACUGAUGCUUUACAUAGAAGUGGUAUUAAUAUGAGAUACUUGGGUUAUAUUGCUGAACGUUUGGUAGCCAACAAAGAAAAACAUUUAGCCGAUCUUGAAGAGCUUAUCAAAGAAAAUGAAGCACAAGCAGAAAAGAAACGUAAAGAACAAGAAGAAAAGGAAAACAAAGGAGAAGCUACCGAAUCUGAAGACAAAAAGGAAGAGAAAGAAGAAGAAAAAGAAAAAGAAGAAGAAGAAGAAGAAGAAGAAGAAGCUCCAACCAAAGCUACUUACCAAUUGACUUUGGCAAACUAUUCUACUCUUCAUAGAAUCAUUAUUCAAGAAAUGAUUUCCAGAGCUGUUAAACAUAUCUUGAGAAGCUUAACUAAAUCUCUUCCAAGUUAUUUGGUUUCAACGGCAAUUGCUCAUUUCCAUAAUUGUUUACUUGGAGGUGCAAUUAAUUCGACACCACAAGUUGAAAUUGACGAAAUCUACAAGAGCUUCUGUUCAGAGUCGGAAAUUGAAUUCACUAAAUUAACUCAUGAAGAUGUUAUCCAAUUGGUUUCUAAAGAAGUUUUUUCAAGAUUUAGAUACAAUUUAUCACAAGAUUGGAUUAAUACUGUUCAUUUACCACAAUUGUUUAGAGAAAUUGCAUUUAAAUAUGGUAUUCAAUGGAAAUCUCAAAAUUAUCCUUUCACCAAAGAAGAAUUUGAAACCCAUAACAAACAAAUCCAAGUUCAAGUCAUUGAAACCAAAUCAUCAAAAAAAUCGAAAAAGAAAACUCAAGUUGCUACUAAAAAAUCCAUUGAACGUUCAUCGAUUUUCAUUGCUGAUGAUAUUGUUGGGUUUGUUCCAAUUAUUAAAGAUUCAAGUUACAAGAGUACCAUUGUUGAUGAAAUUUAUAAUAAUGCUCGUUCUCAUUUGGCCCAAGGCAACAAAGAAAUGGGUAUGGCAUUAUUUAAUGAAUUACUUGCCAUUAAUGAAUCUAUUUAUGGUAAAGUCAAUCCUGAAACUGCCAGAUUUUAUAAUUUGGUUGCUCAAGUUUAUCAAGAAUUGGGUUAUGAUACCGAAGCUGCUUUGAUUGGUCGUAAAGCUGUUAUUUUAUGUGAAAGAUCAUGUGGAUUUGAUUCUUAUGAUACUAUUACUGCCUACAUGAACUCGGCUUAUUAUGAAUCUUCAAAUGACCAAUAUUUGAAUUCGUUGAAAUUAUACAAAGAAGCUAUGAACACUUGGUCAUUGGUUUAUGGUAAAGAUCAUCCAACUUUGAUCAACACAUUGACUAAUUUAUCUGAAUCAUUACUUAAAAUAAGAGCUUAUGAUAGUGCUCUUCAAUUAUUAGAAGAAGCAUUAGAAAUUACCAAGAAAUUAAAUGGUGAAAUUUCCGAAAUUACUGGAUUCAUCUAUUACAGAAUUGCCAACAUUGUUGUUUCUUUGAAUAAAUUUAAAGAAUCCAAGGAACUUUUCGAUAAGGCAUAUGAUAUCUUUUUGAAAUUAUUAGGUCCAGAUGAUUCAAUGACUAAACAAGUUGCUAAAUAUGUUUCCAGUGUUACAUUGUAUGUCGAGUAUUUAAAAAGACAACAACAAGAAACACAAAAGAAAACUAAAACUAAAGUGACUUCUGGUAAUAACACCAAUAGCAACAACAAUACCUCAACCAUUACUCCAACUGCCAACAAAAAUGGUAAAAAAUCUAAGAAAAAUAACACUCCCCCUCAACCAAAUCCAGAAAUUGCCAAUCAAUCCGUUGAGGAAAUUUUGAGAUUUAUUGAAGGUAAACCACUGGGUUCUAAAAAAUCCAACAACAAGAAAAAGUAA